AUGGGUGAUGUCGGUCCUGCUUGGUUGAAAGGCGACACAACGUCUGCCUCACAAAGGCCGGCUCUUGGGUGUAGGAACUUCGCAACCAAUGGAACUACCACUGACGGUAUAGCCUUUGGUCCAAUCUAUUCUGCCGUCGCCGUCGCUCGACCCGGUCCGGUGGUCCUUCAAAUCGACAUUGGGUUUGAGGACAGCCGCAUUCUCUGCUACCCUUUUGUCCUUACCGGUGCCAGUGAGUGUGGACUUGGAGGUGCUACUGCUCUUGCUCUGGCACUGGCACGGCCCUCCCAUUUAGUUUUACUCGCUCGCACAGAGAGCAAGGUGCGCAAUGUCAUCUCCGCAAUCAAAGAGAUCAGUCCCGGGACCCUGCCUGCUUUUGUUCACAUCGAACUUGACGACCUUGACUCCGUUCGUCGGGCUGCAACGGAUGUUCUCGGCGUUAUCUCUAAGAUAGAUGUGUUGAUUAACAAUGCCGGUGUUAUGGCUAUCCCUUGGAGCAAGAGUAACAGUGGUUUGGAAAAGACCCCAGCCAUUAACCAUCUCGGGCAAUUCCUCCUUACGAAACUGCUGAUACCUUCUAUACUGGCCGCUGGCCCCGGAUCUCGCAUCGUCAAUAUCACAAGUGCAUCUGCCUCCAGAAUUUAUUGA